AUGAGUAAUAUUUACAUUCAAGAGCCAGCUACUCGUGGCAAAGUUGUUUUAGAUACAACUGUUGGUGAUAUUGAAAUUGAACUUUUCUCUAAAGAAUGUCCAUUAGCAUGUCGAAAUUUUGUUCAAUUAUGUAUGGAUGGUUAUUAUGAUGGUACAGUUUUUCAUCGAGUUGUACCAAAUUUU